AUUUCUAGAAUGCGUGCCAAACCCCAAAGUAAGUUAUCCUCGGGUCUCAUUAAAUGGGUCAAAUCAAACCGAACAAUAUCGUGCAAAUUUCGUCCAAAGUAUACUAGGGCUAAAGUUCUAGGGUUACAGAGAAGUUACGAACAUAUCUCUCUUUUCUCUCAAAUUCAUCAAAUUCAAGACAUCCUUUUUCCGAUCCAGACAAAUAUCGAGGAGAGACGAUGCCUCCGAAAUCGGCGAGGAAGUCCGUCGGGCCAGGGAGAAGAGGCGGAAAAACUAGAGGAACGCCGAAGGUGGCGGCGCAGCCUGAUCCAGAGGUAGUAGUGGUGCCUGAAGAAUCCAAAAAACCGGUUGAGGAUGCGCCGAUUGAGGUUAAGGAGGAGGAGCCAGUUGAGAUUAAAGAAGAGGAUGUGAAGGUUGGAUCUAAAAAGGGGGAGACAUCGAAGAUAGAAAAGGCCAAUGAAGAAAAAUCCGGAAAGGUGGAGGGGAAAUCAGUGGCUGAUAAUGGGAUUGAUGAUUCAAAGACAUAUGCAAAUACCCCCCUCGUCUACGAAAGAAGGAUCAAAUGGGUUAUUUCAAAAACAGGAGACCAAAAUGAUGUUAAAGAUUCUGUCCCUGAAUUCGAAAAAGAUGAACGAUUGGAUUUGGAGGAUAAUGAUCCAGAAGAAUCUGAACCUGAAGAGUAUAUUGGUGAGGAUUAUGAUGAGAAAGAAGCUCAAGAACAAGUAGAGGAAGAAGAAGAAGCUGAUGAAAUGGAGGUUGGUGAGGAAGAUCAUGAUCCUACAGAGGAGAUGGAGGCUGAGGAGGAGGAUGAGGUGGAGGAAGUGGAACCAGAGCAACCACAUGCUGACGUGGCAGAUGCAGAUGCAGAUGAACAGGAACAUCAUGAUGUUUUCAAAGAAAGACGCAAGCGAAAGGAGUUUGAAAUCUUUGUUGGUGGAUUGGACAAAGAUGCCACUGAAGAGGAUCUUAGGAAAGUUUUUAGUGCAGUUGGUGAGGUUUCUGAAGUCAGACUUAUGAUGAAUGCUCAAACAAAGAAGAACAAAGGAUUUGCUUUCCUUCGUUUUGCAACUGUAGAACAGGCAAAACGAGCUUGUGUUGAGCUAAAAAGCCCUGUGGUUCAUGGGAAACAAUGUGGUGUUUCUCCAAGUCAAGACAGUGAUACUUUGUUUUUGGGUAAUGUAUGCAAGACAUGGACCAAGGAAGCUCUGAAAGAGAAGUUGAAAAAGUAUGGAGUUGAUACAGUGGAGGAUUUGACUUUGGUUGAAGAUAAUAAGAAUGAUGGAAGUAAUAGGGGAUUUGCUUUUUUGGAGUUUUCUUCACGUUCAGAUGCUAUGGAUGCUUUUAAACGUCUCCAAAAGAGAGAUGUUACUUUUGGUGUUGAUAGGCCUGCUAAGGUUUCUUUUGCAGAUUCCUUCAUUGACCCUGGUGAUGAAAUCAUGGCCCAGGUGAAGACUGUUUUUAUAGAUGGGCUACCUGCUUCAUGGGAUGAGGGUAGAGUGCGGGACCUACUUAAGAAAUAUGGGGAAGUAGUGAAAAUUGAGCUUGCACGUAAUAUGCCUUCUGCAAGAAGAAAAGAUUAUGGAUUUAUAACAUUUGGAACACAUGAUUCAGCUUUAACAUGUGCUAAAAGCAUUAAUAAUGAGGAACUUGGAGACAAUGAAAACAAGGCUAAAGUGAGGGCAAGAUUGUCAAGACCACUACAAAGAGGGAAAGGAAAGCAUGGUUCCCGUGGUGGUGGUGGUGGUGGUGAUUUCAGAUCUGGUGGUGGUCGGUCUGCUUCUAGAGGUUUUAGGGGUCCAUGGGCCCGCCCUGUGCCACAUAGUCUACCGCCACGUGGGAUGAGAAGAGUUGGAGGGCGGCCACCGCCGGUGGUUGAGCGUGGUGUCAGGCGGCCGGUUCCGGUAAGAGACAGGCGACCUGUUGCCGCCUUACCGCCAAGGGGGCGGCCGGUGGCUCCUCCACCUAGGUCGUAUGACAGGCGUCCACCUGUUCCUUCACGGCCAAAGAGCAGCUUGAAGCGGGAGUUCAGCCGGAGGGAGGAGCUGCCGCCACGGAGCAGGGUGGUGGCUGACUAUGGUCCGCCGCCACCACCACCAAGGUCAACCUCAGAGAGAUCCUCAUCUUACAGAGACAGUUACCCUACACGUGGGCCCACCUAUGCUGACCUCCCAAGAGGCUCAUCUCACCCUUCAUCAAGAAGAGCCCCCGCCUCUGCCGCCUACACAGAUGGCGGCUAUCCACCACGAUACGAAAGACCGCCGCCACCGAGUUACCGUGAACGCCCCCCGCGUGAUUACGAUCCUGUCCCUGGCUCAAAACGCUCUUAUGCUGCACUGGAUGAUAUUCCACCUCGCUAUGCUGAUUCUGAUGUACGUGAAGUACGCCAUACACGUGUUCGUAUGGAUUAUGACAUUGGAGGUGGAUCUUCACAAUAUGGAGAUGCAUAUGGUGAAAGAAUGGGAAGAUCAAAUGUAGGAGGAGGAUAUGGUAGUAGUAGCAGAAGCUCAAUGUCUGGACAUGAUUCUCAUGGUCUUUACAGCAGCAGCAGCCGCCAGGGCAUGUCUUAUGGUGGCGGCGGAGGGUCUUACAGUGGCGGCGGCGGCGGUGGUGGUGGUGAUGGUGGAAUGUACUCCUCAUCUAGCUAUGGCGGCGAUUACAUCCCUCGUGGCGGUGAUGGAGGUGGUGGAAGCGGUUACUCAUCAUCGUUGUAUUCCGGUAGAAGUAUGGGUGGUGGCGGUGGCGGUGGUGGUGGUUACAUGGGUGGUGGAGGUGGUGGGUCUGGAUCGUACUAUUGAGGUGUUGAUUCAGAUUGUUAGGAUAAGUAAAGUACAUGUUAGAUGAUUGGUGGUUUGUUUUAAGUGUUUUGAGUUAGUUUUUCAUACUUUCAUGGAGUUUUUUACAGUAAAAAAGUUGGAUAAUAUGGUAAUUAAUUUAUGAAUGCAAGUUUCAAAUUUCAUCUUUGUUUUA